AACCCUUGCGUUGCUUUCUGUAUUUUUUGAGCCCUAAUUCAGGCUCUCAAGAAAAAGUCCAGUCUUUUCUUUGAACGGAUUACACCAUUCUCUCUCUAGAUACUCCUUUGCCCGACCUCGACGCCGCUCCGCUCUGCCGUCGCCGUUCACUUCUGUUCUUUAAGAGACAACGAUUCAAUGGCUGGACCUAAACUCGGUAGGAAAAAGGGAGCUAAGGCGAUAAGUCAUCCUCCCAGGAAGAAACAGAAAGCAGUGCUUCCUGUGGAAGAAGAAUCAGAGAAAGAGGAGUUGCUUAGUGAUUCAGAUGGCAAAGAUGAGCCUGAGAAGCUUGAAGAAUCUGAUGAGGAAGAAGACGAAGUAGACUCUGAUUCAGAAAUGUCUUCAGAUGGUGAUGAUCCGUUUGCCAAUGACAUCCUCCGAGGAAAUGAUGAUGAAGAAAAUGGUACUGAUGAAGAUUCAGACUCUGGUGAAGAUUCAGAUUCUGAUGCAUCUGAUAUUGAGAAGAGAGCUAGAGCUAUUGAUGAGGAAAAGGCACGGGAAGAAGAAGAUGCAGAAGCUGAGUUACAGCUUAACAUCAAAGAAGAAGCUGAUGAGUUCACAUUACCGACUAUGGAGGAGCUCGAAGAAGAAGCUAAUAGACCCCCAGAUCUUUCUAAUCUUCAGAGAAGGAUAAAAGAGAUUGUGCGGGUGCUGUCAAAUUUUAAGUCUUUGAGGCAAGAGGGGGCAACACGCAAGGACUAUGUUGAUCAACUUAAAAAGGAUUUAAGCUCCUACUAUGGAUACAAUGAGUUUCUGAUUGAAGCCUUGGUUGAGAUGUUCCCAGUUGUUGAACUUAUGGAGCUUAUUGAAGCUUUUGAGAAGCCAAGGCCUAUCUGUCUUCGCACCAAUACUUUGAAGACUCGUCGGAGGGACUUAGCUGGUGUACUUUUAAACAGGGGUGUCAACCUUGAUCCUUUAAGCAAAUGGUCCAAAGUUGGCUUAGUUGUGUAUGAUUCUCAAGUUCCAAUUGGAGCCACCCCAGAAUAUAUGGCUGGCCAUUAUAUGCUUCAAAGUGCCAGCUCUUUUUUGCCGGUGAUGGCCCUUGCUCCUCAGGAAAAAGAAAGAAUUGUUGACAUGGCGGCCGCUCCUGGUGGUAAAACUACCUAUGUUGCUGCUCUUAUGAAAAAUACUGGUAUCAUUUAUGCAAAUGAGAUGAAGGAGCCGAGGCUCAAAUCACUCACUGCAAAUUUACAUCGGUUGGGCGUAACAAACACCAUAGUCUGUAACUAUGAUGGGAGGGAGCUUCCUAAAGUUCUGGGAAACAACUCAGUUGAUAGGAUUUUGUUGGAUGCUCCUUGCAGUGGCACUGGGGUUAUAUCUAAGGAUGAAUCUGUGAAAACCUCAAAAAGUGCUUUAGAAAUACAAAAUUGUGCCCAUCUGCAAAAGCAAUUGAUACUUGCAGCAAUUGAUAUGGUGGACGCCAACUCAAAGUCAGGGGGAUACAUUGUUUACUCCACAUGUUCCAUAAUGGUAGCGGAGAAUGAAGCCGUCAUUGAUUACGCACUCAAGAAGAGGAAUGUGAAACUUGUGCCUUGUGGACUUGAUUUUGGACGUCCAGGAUUCAUUCGCUUCAGAGGGCAUCGAUUUCACACCUCGUUGGAGAAGACAAGGCGCUUUUAUCCCCACGUUCACAACAUGGAUGGAUUCUUUGUAGCAAAGCUAAAGAAAAUGAGCAAUAUGAAGCCAACUCCACAACAGUCUGAUGAUUUGGGAGAGGUAGAGGAAGCCCAUGAAUUAAUUGAAAGAAAUGAGCAGAACGAAGAUGGUCAGAAGCAUCAGACGGAAAAAGUCGUCAAAGAGAAUCAGAAGGAAAAGGUUGUUAGAGUGAAUCAGAAGAAAAAAGUUUCUCAAGAGAACAAAAAAGUGAACAAUGGCUCUACUAAAAUGGGAGAAGUGGAAAAAACAUCCGCAAAUGAACAGAGAAUGAAAAGGAAGCGGCCUUCUAGAGAGGAAAUUGCAAAAGCUAGAGAAGAGAAGAGACAAGCUCUAAGGGAAGCAAAGAGAAAGGCUAAGACAGGAAACAAAGCCGCUAGCAUGAAGAGCCAGGAUGCGGAUUAACACACCCUCCGCAUAAUUUAAUGCACAAAUGGAACUCUGUGAGAGCAAUGCCUCCAAAAACACAGCAGAAGAACGGAAGCGGAAGGCAGAAAUAGUGAAGAAAAUACUCACAGCAUUUGACGACUGAUCGGCCAAAUGUGUAACUAUAAGUUAUAGCUGGGAGAGCCCAAUUGGUGUAUUUUACAAUUUUAUGCUGCUUUAUGCUUAAGUGUCGUGGAACUCGCAAAGUUUGGCUCCGCCACGAAAUUUUGUACUAUCGAGAUUGUUAUAAGAUAUUGCUGAGAAAGAUCAAAUCA